AUGGCGUCCAUGUCCAUGUACGGCGCCCCAAAUCCCUCGCCCAACGCCCAUAUCGCCGCCCCGAAGGCAAGCAAAGCAUGUUAUACAUGCAGAAAUCAAAAGCGGAAAUGUGAUAAGGUUCUCCCCGCAUGCUCUCUAUGUCUUCGUAUGAAUCGCUCUUGCGACUAUUCUGAUCCUCAGCCGACUCCCACGUCCGAGGACUUACACGUCUUGCAAGCGAAGAUAGCGGAACUCGAAUCUCAGCUCGAGUCCCAUAUCAAUGGAGGACGUGGCCUUGUUAAUCAUGCUCCCCUUUUCGGUACCCCUUCCUCUCUGUCCGGCGUCGAGGCCCUUGGUCAUUCCGCCGCAGGUUAUAGCGAGCAAUGGGGUGCGGUUCCCAACAGGUUUCCAGCCAUUGCUUUCCUAGACAAGAAGGCCUUCUUAAGUGGGGGCAUUGACAUUCCAAAACCACCCGUUAACAUCCCAGAUGAUGUCCUCGAGCAUAUGCGAGAUGGCCUGACGGUAACUGCCAUUGCGGAGCAAUACGCCGCAACUGUCCACCGAUGGAUGCCCAUUCUUUCCCGAAAGUACCUGCUUCAGGAGCCGACGGAUGUCCCAUGGGACGGCGGUUCUGAUGCGGCUUUGCUGUAUCUCUGCAUGAAGCUCGUAGCAUCAAGAUUACCUGAUGGAGUAGAAAGCUUUCGGGCUCCGCUAUACCUAACUGCAAAGCGCUUUGCGUCUGUAUUGGAUCUCAACGGAGCGGCUUCGCUACAGAGACUACAAGCAAAUCUUCUUAUUGUAUGGUACGAAUACGGCCAUGCAAUUUACCCCGCCGCCUGGAUGACUGCUGGAUGGUGUGUCCGAUAUGGAAAUUUACUCGGCAUAAACGGGCAUCAUGAAGCGAUGCAACUACUUGGCCGUCCGACAACAUGGAUUGAGCAAGAAGAACGUAAUCGAACAUGGUGGGGGGUUCAAGUGGCGAAUAGAAUUGUCUCAUAUGCAAGCCAAGGAUAUAUCAUGGACUCUCAAGAACCACGGCCAGACGCUGCUCUGCCUGCUGAUGACGACGCAUGGAACAGAGGCGAACUCUCCGCACCUACAGCUCUUCUUUCCAGUCCGAUUGAUGAUCCUGUAGGACCAUUUUCUCGUCUCUGUCAAGCUUCCAUAAUGAUGGGCAAAGUGCUUUCUCAUCACUACCAUAACACCUUUCCCUCCGAGGCAGCACGCCUCACACAAGUCAGCAAGUUGUCUGAAGAUAUCUUGGAUCUGUCCGGCAAGAUCACCGAAGAAACCAACCGGUCUCCCGAUUUUCUCAGCCUUUCAGCUCCCUUGGCGCUCCUGUCCCGAGCAUUCUGUAUACUCUGCGAUCCAUAUUCUGGCCUAGACGGGUACGGGUUAGAUCCAAGCACUCCCCAAGCUGCCGAAAUGCAACAGCGCGCAGCCGAAGGCUUGAAGACGCUCUCAGGAAAUAUGUAUGGCUUCGGCCAAAAGGUCGAGAUCAGCACUUCGGGCUUUCAAGACCUGGAUUCCGUCAAUCCUAUCAUAAUGGAUGCGUUGUACUCCGCUGCAUUGAAUUUUGCCUGGUUUGUAAGAAAGAGUGGGGAUAUGCAAUGCCAGACGUCGUUGGAUGAAAUCAGGAAUUGGCUAACUAAACUUGGGGCACGGUGGAGAAGUGCCGCAGAGUAUGCGAGACUUUUGGAGGCCCAGGAGUUUUCUUAUGCUAUUCGUGGUGCGGGACCUUGA